AGGAUGUCCCAAUCACCCACGAAAACUGGACGGAUGUGCUGGUGGAAGAGUUCAAGUACAUAGUAGGCUCGUCUGCGUGCAUGGGAGUGCUACAACGGGCCGUGAGUACGCUUGUGAUCUCCGGCGAACAAUGUGCGGCGCAACCGACCUUUGUGGAGCGAAUGCUAGACAGGCUACAAGUACUGCCGCUGGAACGGUGUGUGCUGGCCGCAUGUCUGAUCACCAGCGAACACGCCCACAUCUGCCACCAGGGCAAGGAGGCCUUCUCGCAUGCCUGGCGAGCUGUGCACAAGUCGAGUGAGGAUGACAAAGGCGAGGGGCAGGGCGUGGACCUGUGUGCCGUAGGCGUAGUGUUGAACCUGUUGCACUGGGCUCCCGAGUCCCACCGCGACGCUGUGCGAGACCGCAUGGUGACGGAGAGUGCGCGAGAGUCGCGGAUAUACGCACACAACAGUAUCAUCCUGGCCGAUCCGUCGGUGAAUGCGUUGCUGCUGUUGCCCGAUGACGAUGUUCCGCCCUCGAUGCAGACGUUGGCUGGAGGGCCUGGGUUGGAAAUGGAUAUCGUGCCGGACGCCGAUGCACCGACUCCGGACGUGACCAGCAUAUCAUUAGUAACAAUCGCUGGUCUGAUGGAAGAAAUCAGUUACGGCUGCCUACAAACCCGAGAAGUUUGGCGAGAAGUGCUUCAAACACUUCCCCAUGGUGCUAUCAACGGCUAUUCAUUGGCCAAGGCGGUGUCCAUGAUGUCUUGUACCCAAUCAAAUUUAGAAGAUAGUUUAUUAUUGCAGACUUCACUGGAGCAGACGGGGCCCCAGUUGUUCCUGCAGAACUCCAACUCAGCGAAUGCCACACCUGACCCCACCACAUGGGACAUCCAGAUAUUCGUCGAUGGUAUCCGUGAGGUAAAACCCGACCUUGACUGGCGCGACGUAGUCAAAGGAUUCGAUCAGCCAGGGGUCGACUUCCCGAACGAACAAUCCGUUGAGUUUGUGGUGCGAUUGUACCGUUAUGCUACUAACGGGCACAAUCUGCCGGUAGAAACACUGGUGUCUCCGUGGUUCAAUAAUGUACCAGGGCAGAUUGCCUUCUUGAGGCUGGUGGUGAGCAACCAGAAUCACUGUGGAGUCAGUUUGCACUCUGAGAAUUCGCGGUAUAUAUCGGAUGAAGGGCUGAUGUCACCCAUAUCUGAGGGCCCCAACCGAGUGUGGGCGAAUGUAGAGGUCAUGGAGUGUCUCUUGGCGCUGGCGCACAGCGGGUACUACAACGACGUGAAGGAGUUGUUCUCCAUCCCGCUGAAGCAGUGUCCGGAUGUGCUAAUCUUUGCAUUGGUCGAAGCUUACCCCGAGUGGGAUACCAUGCAGCUUGACAUGUGCCUGCGCCUGCUGCCAGUCAUCCUGGCCAAUUUCCCGCAGACUGAAACUCUCGUGCUGCGCCUGUGGAAACUGCGGGAGGACAUGGUGCUGUCGGCGAUCGCUGAUUGGUACAGACGGGAGCCCAAUUUCAUUGGGCGUAUUGUGGACAUUGGCAACCACUUGCGUGCGUUACCAACUAUCCUCGACGCUCUGCCACCGCGGGUGGCUGUGGAUGUGGGACUGAAGGCAUUGGGCGCGACUCAUUUGCAGACGUGGAUAUCCGAGAGGUUAAAAAAUCCUGCCAAUCAGAACGCGGCUAUAAUUUUCGGUCAAGUGUUGGUACGGAAUAUUUUGUCGCGAUUAUCCAAUGCGACUAUCGCCCCUAAGGAGGUGCCGCCACCGGAAACCUGCAGGCUCGUCAUCGAUGCACUCACAUCUGCCGGGACAUCCCCACAGGCCAUCAACGAAGUGCACGCGGCGUGUAUCAACGUGUUCCCGCAUCACUUCCAGUCUCAAGACCCGCAGCAACAACAGCGACAGUACAUGCAGAAACCAUCGGGGAUGCCACCCACCACCUCACUCGCAUCGGUCGCGGCCACCGCCGUUCCCUUUGUUCCAUCGCCCGCCUCCAACUUAUCCUCAGGCGGCAACAAGGUACCACAGAUGAACAACAACCAACAACAGCUACAACAACAGCAACAACAACAACAACAACACCCACAGUUGCAACAGGGUGCGCCUGGGGGGGGCCGGCAUCUGUCGCAACCCGCUCAAACUGCAGCUUCGAGGCAGUUGGCGGCUGCGGCUCAGCAGGCCGCCACAGACACCCAGCCCAUCCAGCCCAGCCAGGUAUCCUUCUCAACGGAUAUAGAGGAAGAAGCGACCUCGUACUUUGAGAAGAUAUACACAGGGGCCAUGUCCAUCACAGACCUGCUCAAUCUGCUGCGCAACUUCAACGCCUCUCCUGAUCGCCGCGAACAGAAAGUGUUCGACUGCAUGGUGCACAACCUGUUUGAUGAGUACAAGUUCUUCCAUAAGUACCCUGACAAGGAGCUGACCAUGACGUCCGUAGUGUUCGGGUCGCUGAUCCAGAAUCAUCUGUUAGGGUUUGGCGCGUGUGUGAUUGCGCUGCGAUAUAUCCUGGAUGCCCUAAGACAGCCGCCGCAGACCAAUAUGUUUAAGUUUGGCUUCUGCUCACUAGAACAGUUCCAGAUGAGACUCCAUGACUGGCCCCACUACUGCCAUGCCAUUGCAGAGAUUCCGCACGUCCGUCGAGUGCCUGAGCUGUACGCACAAGUAGAGAAGUAUGCGAGCCUGCCUUCGCCCAACCCCCAGAGUCAAAACACUGGGACCGGCAAGUCGUUUGAUGCGUCGCCGCACUUGGCUGCCACAGCGUCUCCCGGCGUGGGCGGCUCAGGGUUUGGUCUGACCACUAACAUCAACACACUGCUGGUGGCCUCCAGUGGCCAGGGCAUUGCCGCGCCCGCGCAGACGGUGCAGGAGAAAGUGCACUUCAUCUUCAACAACCUGUCAGAGAUCAACCUCACUGAGAAGGGCGAGGAGCUCAUGAAGUGGUUACACUUAGACUUCUUCAAGUGGCUGUCCGAGUACAUCGUCGUGAAGCGUGCGUCGAUCGAGCCCAACUUCCACAAGCUGUAUCUUAGCUUUGUGCAGCACAUCGCCGUGCCAGACCUCUUGCCCAUGGUGCGCUCCAGCUCUAUCUCCAACAUCAAGAUCCUGCUGGGCUCGGAAAAGAUCAGCAACUCGUCAUCGGAACGGAGUUUGCUGAAGAACAUCGGGUCGUGGCUGGGGUUGAUCACCAUUGGCUUGGAUAGUCCCAUUCUUCUGCGCGAUCUUCCCAUGAAGGACCUGAUUGUCGAGGGCUACCACCGACGCCGCCUCAUAUUCAUUUUGCCAUUCAUUGCAAAGGUGCUUGAAGCCGUAAAGCACUCAGCCGUGUUCUCGCCCCCCAACCCGUGGACAAUGGGAAUAUUGCGUUUGCUAUGCGAGCUGCACCGCCUGCCCGCCCUCAAGCUCAACCUGAAGUUUGAGAUCGAGGUGCUGUACAAGAACAUCGCAGUGGAUCUGGAUGCCAUUGAGCCGUCAGACCUGCUGACUCCGCAGCCCAUGGACGAGGCGCAGCUGGUCCCCACAACAGCCACGGCCCUGUUACUGCCCAGACAGCACGCACAACAUCAGCAGCAGCAGCAGCAGAAGAACACAGACUCGACGAAGGGCAUGGGCAAGAUCGACGCCUCCAACUGGCAGGUCCCUCAGAUGGGCGUCAACAACACUAACAAUAACUCUGCGAACAACAACAACAACACAUCCAGCACCAUACCCGCGCCUCCCAUUGGCGCGGGGGCUCAGGUGGUGCCUGGGGCGCAGGGAGCGGUCACGGACACACCCAUGACCAACAUGCAUCUGCAGGUGCAGCUCAACAGUCAGUGUGCGUAUUUCGUGCAGCUGCCACAGCUGAGUAGGCGAUGCAUCCAGAUGUCCAUUGACCAGUCCAUUAAGGAGAUGGGUGGUGUGCUGGAGCGCAGUGUCUACUACUGCUGCACGGCGUCGCGCGAAUUGGUGUUGAAGGAUUUUGCAAUGGACGGUGACGAAAAUAGAAUGCGCCACGCCGCUCAGGUGAUGGCGCAGUCGCUGUCCAUUAAUCUUGCGCUGGUGACGUGCAAGGAUCCGCUCAGAGCCACUCUGGCCAACCACUUGCGGACCAACUUUCAGCAUGCACUGCAACAGGCGAACCUCAUCGGCUCGCUCAGCAUGGAGCAGCAGACCAUCAUGGUGGAGCAGGCUGUGCGCUUUGCGGUGGUAGAGAACUUAGAGUUAGCGCUGUCAGCUAUCGAGAAAGUGGCAGCGGGUAAGACGGUAGCCCAGAUCGACGAGUCACUGCAACAGGCGUAUGCUGCACGCAGGAACCACCACGACCACCACCCCAACACUCCCUUCUACGACAUCGGGUACAUCAACAACAACAACAGGUAUCCCGCGUACCUACCCGAUCUCUUGCGAGCCACCCCACCCGGGCUACGGCACCACCAGUACCACGUGUACGAAGAGUUCUCCAAAUUCGGCGGUGACAACAAGAGCCGUCAGGGCUCACUCACCGGCAAUGUAUCGCCUCCGUCAGGCAUUGGCGCUGCGUAUCCGACUGGCAGUAGUAACGAGCCACAGUCGCACGAGAAUCUGAGCAAGCCGCUGCUGGACCCACAGUCUGGCGAAUCACAGGUGUCGCAAACAAGCAACGCAGGCAACAUGCUCGGUCUGGAGAAGCUCAUGCUGGUUAUGGCGGAGAUCUACAAGGUUAUCAACGCCGCUGAGAGUGCCGGUGCGAAGUGCCUGGCCGACAUCCCGGUGUCGUCCAACCUGUUUGCGUUCAUUAGACAGGCGUCUAUGGUUGUCAUGCAGGAUGCCAAGAGGGCGGAGUUGGCCCUGGCCGUGACGUACAAGAUCACCCCGCCCUUGUUUGCUAUCGACGCGGACAAAGACAACCAGAUAUAUAAAGAUGUGCACGUGUUAUUGCUGCAGUCGCUGUGCGAUAUCAGUAAGGCAGUGCCACGAGCAGUCACCAGUUUCUACCUGGGCCAGCUGAGCCUAGAGGUCAAACUGUCGCCCGAGAACGUGCAGACGGUUGCAAAGCUCAUCAGAGUGCGUCUCCUCAUCGAUGCAGACAUGGAUAGUGAACUGGCCAGCUACAUCACCGAGAAUGUCAACACCAGCAAUGACACGGCCAACAGCAAGAACAAUGACACCGUGGCCGAUAUCAUGACAGCGCUGCACAGUGACAAAUCGCUGCCAGCCUCAUACACAGACAUCUCCCCCGCGAAGAUGUUGCGCGUAGCUGCGGCACUUGAUCGACCCAGGACGGUGGUACAAAGCGACUCGGUAAAGGAUGCCCUUGAAGCGCUGCGCGAAGGCUACAACCGCUCCGAAUCCGACAGUGCCCACUACAUGGUGUCCCCAGAGACUAUCGUCAGCAUCGAACUCUUACUGGACCAGUGUGUGCGUCUAGGAUUCCACUCUCAACCACUGCACACAGACAUGUUGUACGCGCACCUCGUGACGUUGCUGCAACAACAACGUAUGCUCAAGAGUGACGAGAGUGCUGCGAUGUUUAUCAGGCUCAGUGUGGCCGUGGCGGUGAAGGCCACUCUCAAGGCGCCGUUUAGAGACGUGUCCGAUGAAGAGGAAGAACGCACUGUCGUAUCACCAACUGCCGCAGAUGCAGCCAAUGCAGGCUCCAUGCCACUCAACAGCCUCACAGGCACAGCCUCUCCUACGGCCACUGCCUCUGUAGCAAGCAAGGAGUCCUCAGGCCCUACGGAGAGAUACAUGAACUACAUGGCGCUGGACGCUGUGUCGAAGCUAUUCUUCAUUCUCAUCAAGAUGGCCGGUGGCGACCCGAAUACUAACGCAGCCGCACAGAAGCAACUGUCACUUCUCAACACAGCGCUCGAAGUAGUUGUAGUAGCUGUCCUAAACGAUGUGGGCGAGGGUGCUGCACCCAGGCCAGGCAGUACAGGCACCAAGUCCGAUGGUGAUUCCAAGGCUAUUGGCAGUGGUAGAGGCGGCAGCAAGGAUAAGAGUGAGCUGUACCAGAGAGUGUACUUCAGGCUCAUUGCGAAUCUGUUCCGAGAUCUGACGCAGACUGACAGCUUGCUGGAUCACAUCCACCCGCAAAUCCUCAACGGAUUGGCGUCCACGCUGCACCUGCUGCAACCGGCGCGUAUCCCGCGCUUCGCCUUCGCGUGGCUCAAAUUGAUCGCGCACCGCAGCUUCAUGCCUAAGCUGUUGCUGCUGAAGGGACAAAAGGGCUGGCCGCUGUACCAGAAGCUGCUGGUAGAGCUGUUGGUGUUCAUGGCACCCGCAUUGAAGAGCUGCAACAUGACGGCCCCUAUGCGCGUGCUCUAUCAAGGCUUGCUACGGAUCCUGCUCAUCCUGCUACACGACUUCCCCGAGUUGUUGUGCAACUACCACUUUGCCUUCUGCGACGCCAUCCCAGCGUCCUGCAUUCAGGUACGCAAUCUGAUUCUGAGCGCGUUCCCCAAGAACAUGCGGUUACCCGACCCUUUCACACCUAAUCUCAAAGUGGAUCUGCUGCCAGAGAUCAACCAGUCCCCUAAUCUGUAUGGUGACUACCUAGCCGCACUCGAGAAAAACGAUUUCCGAAGGCAUCUCGACCAGUACCUUAAAACACGCGAGGUGUCGUUCCUGAUGAACUUGUCGCAGAGUGUCUUGCUGCAAUCGCAAGCCGAAAUUGACGCAUACGGCACCAAAUACGACGUGCCAUUAAUCAACGCCCUCGUUUUAUAUGUGGGUGUGCAGGCGAUUGUACAGCUUCAAAAGACCCAAGGCACCUCUCCAAUUACGCGGUCAGGUCCGAUGGAUGUGUUCCAGCAACUGAUCAUGGACUUGGACACAGAAGGCCGGUACUUCUGUCUCAAUGCCAUUGCCAAUCAACUGCGAUAUCCCAACAACCAUACGCACUACUUUAGUUGUGUGCUCUUGUUCUUAUUCGCAGAGGCUCAGCAGGAGGUCAUCCAGGAGCAGAUUACGCGUGUGCUGGUUGAACGCCUGAUAGUGCACCGCCCACAUCCCUGGGGCCUGUUGAUUACAUUCAUCGAGUUGAUCAAGAAUCCCCGAUACCGGUUCUGGAGCCACAGUUUCGUGUACUGCGCAUCCGAGAUUAAGGAUCUAUUCGACUCCGUGCGGGAGAGCGUGGCGCGUAGUUGUAUGUACACCCAGAAACCUCCUACUGAAGGAAAAGAAGUCACCGCGUAAGGAAAUGCGAAGUAGCUUUGGACAAGAUAACCUUUGCUGAUGCAAGAACAUCGGUAGCUUGUAUGCGAUUCUUUAAUAUAUAACAUUCGAAGUGUGCAUGCGAGCAGACAUAUAGAAGUAGGAAGUAAGAGAACCCCGGGUGCAGUACGGUCAUUACGUACUGGAGUGCGUAUUGGGUAUCAGACAGGAGGUAGAGUACUUAUCCCCACAAAGGUGCUCGUGCUGUCAUUUGUAUAGUAUUCAUUAUUUAGAGAUAAAAUUUUGUACAAUAAAUUGAUAUAGCUGCA